AUGCGUUUAAAGACGCCGGAAGACGUUAUGAGAUUCCUUUGUAAAGAAGAUCCAUAUGGCAUCAUCUUAGACGCCUGUAAGGACGAGUCGAUAGACUGGUCUGACCUGCAAUGGGUCCAACAAAACUGCAGACCUUCGGCUUCCUACCCGAAGUCGCCAAUGCCAUGUCGUCACUGCGGCGUAACUGCUUCGACGGCCACGACAUCGUAUUCAAAUACAAACGGCAACGCAGGACGCCCGUAUUUCAAAUGUCCAACCAUGGGCAAGUUCUUAGUGUUCGCCGACGCCCGCGGCAACGACCCGACAAACCCACUCUGCAGAUGCGGAGUGUCAAGCAAGCGGACAAUGUCAGGAUUCUAUAAUGCCAGAACUCCAGGAAAGCUGUUCUACGUCUGUAGAAUCGGCAUGUGCGAAUUCAAUAAGGAAUGUCGGGAUGCACGAGGAGGACAGGUCGUAGUCGACCCGGAGAUUGUAGACUACCUCAUAUUGCUUGAGAUAAUCUGA